AUGUGGUUCUGGAUGACUCACUCUUCUGUCAACCCAAGGCACACUCAUUCACUCAUUUGCGCGCACGCUCGUACAAACACACAAAACCGAUCUAGCACGAACGCGACCGACUCACGCGCAGGCACGUCGGGAGCUGGUGGUAGAGGUUGUGGUGAGAGGGAGGAGGAGGGCGCCGCGCUGCCUUUCUGAAGAGGGGCUCCUAAUCAAAGCGCAUCAGGGCCGCUCAUUCUCCACUGGAGGGCGAGUGGUACAAGAGCACCGGGACGCUCCGGCAGGCGGGAGACGGGACAGAGCAGCAGCUGGAAGACACACAGACAGAGAGAAUUCCCGACCCGGACUCUGCUAAGCAUCAUCUCUCUCUCUCUCUUUCUCCGCCGUCGGAUUAAACCCGUCCUCACUAACAGCCAAAUCACGCCGAGAUAUGAGCCUUUCCAGCUGAACGCUAUUGAUGCUGAACUGAGUGGACCUGUGCUAUCUUCCAGUGUUUCCCCUCCCCUCAGUAUUCUGUCCCUCUGUCUGUUACCUGGGUUGUGAGCAGCCAUGACAAAAUCUUACGAAUUCAACUGGCAGAAGCACCUGCCUGAGUUCAUGCAGGAAGGUGCUGCCUUUGACAGGUUUGAUGAGGAUCCAUAUAUCUUUGAGCCCAACUGUCAGAUGAAGGUUGAUGAGUAUGGCUUUUUCAUCACCUCGAAAAGUGAGGGAAAGGAAGGCCAAGUUCUUGAGUGUUCCCUAAUCAACAGUAUUCGUGUAGGUGCCGUCCCAAAGGACCCAAAAAUCUUAUCAUCAUUCGAGUCCAUCGGAAAAACCGAGGCAGACCUGGAGGGAUGCAUCAUCUGCAUCUGCAGUGGCACAGAUCUGGUCAACCUCAGCUUCAUGUUCAUGGUGGCAGAGAGCCCUGAAACAGCCAGGAAGUGGAUUGAGGGUUUGAGGUCAGUGAUUCACAACUUUAAGGCCAACAAUGUGUGUCCGAUGACAUGCCUCAAGAAACAUUGGAUGAGAAUGUGUUUCCUGACCAACGUUAAUGGAAAGAUUCCUGUAAGAGGCAUUACACGAACGUUUGCAUCAGGGAAGACAGAGAAGGGCAUCUUCCAGGCUUUGAAGGAUCUUGGCCUUCCAAGUGGAAAGAAUGAUGAGAUCGAACCAUCAGAUUUCACCUUUGACAUUUUCUACGCACUCACACAGAAGAUUUGUCCUCGCACAGAUAUAGAGGAACUCUUCAAGAAGAUCAAUGGAAACAAAACUGAUUAUUUAACUGUAGACCAGUUAGUCAGCUUUCUGAAUGAAAAUCAACGUGACCCAAGGUUAAAUGAAAUUCUGUUUCCAUUCUACGACCCUAAGAGGGCCAUGCAGAUCAUCGAGAAAUAUGAAAGAGAUGAAGAAUUGAAAAAGAAAGGGCACAUGUCCAAUGACGGGUUUUGUCGGUACCUAAUGUCUGACGAGAAUGCUCCAGUGUUCCUGGACCGAUUGGAGCUGUACCAAGAAAUGGACCAACCCCUGGCCCACUACUUCAUCGCCUCCUCCCACAACACUUACCUGACAGGCAGGCAGUUUGGAGGAAAGUCAUCAGUAGAGAUGUACCGCCAGGUCCUGCUCUCUGGAUGCAGAUGUGUGGAGCUGGACUGCUGGGAUGGCAAAGGAGAGGACCAGGAGCCCAUCAUUACUCAUGGCAAGGCCAUGUGCACAGAUAUCCUGUUCAAGGAUGUCAUCCAAGCCAUAAAGGAGACAGCAUUUGUCACAUCAGAGUAUCCUGUCAUUUUGUCUUUUGAAAAUCAUUGCAGUAAACCACAGCAGUACAAGAUGGCAAAAUACUGCCAUGAGAUUUUUGGUGACUUCCUCCUCAAACUGCCCCUGGAGAACUACCUAAUGGAACCUGGGCGUCCCUUACCUUCUCCAAACGAUCUCAAAAGGAAAAUCCUCAUAAAAAACAAACGCUUGAAACCUGAAGUUGAACAGAAGCAACUUGAGGCCUUUAAGAAGCACAUGGAAGCAGGGGAGACCAACACAACGGCCAUCAUUAUGGGAGAGGAGAAUGAAGACGACACAGAGAACGGAGAAAAAGAGACUGAGGAUAAGGAUUUGAAUUCAGAGGCUCCCAGCAGUCUGUCAGAAGCAGCCAGUGACAGACAGUCCAACAGUGUUUCCCAGAGCAACGCAAUCAGUUCGAGGAAAGAGGAUGAACGUAACAACAGCAUUAAGAAGGUACCUGAUGAUGAAGUGACAGAGAUUUCUGAAGCAACAGAUGCCACAGACAUCUCUGAAGCUUCAGAUCAAGACAACAACAAAAAGGGUGGAGAUGUGGCAGAAGACUCUGAGGAGGCCCUGAUAGCUCAGUACACCUACGAGGGAGCCACCACUAACAUCCAUCCAUAUCUCUCAGCUAUGGUCAACUAUGCACAGCCAGUCAAGUUCCAGAGUUUUGAUGUAGCAGAAGAUAGGAAUAUCCACUACAACAUGUCCUCUUUUAAUGAGUCAGUGGGUCUGGGUUAUCUGAAGACUAACGCCAUCGAAUUUGUAAACUACAACAAGCGUCAGAUGAGCCGUAUCUACCCCAAAGGAGGCCGGGUGGACUCCAGUAAUUACAUGCCUCAGAUCUUCUGGAACGCAGGCUGCCAGAUGGUCUCGCUCAACUACCAGACCCCAGAUCUGGCCAUGCAGUUGAACCAGGGAAAGUUUGAGUACAACGGCUCUUGCGGGUACCUGCUGAAACCUGACUUCAUGCGGCGGUCAGACAGGAUGUUCGACCCUUUCUCAGAGACACCGGUGGAUGGCGUUAUUGCGGCACAUUGCAGCGUACAGGUGUUUUCAGGACAGUUUCUGUCUGACAAAAAAAUCGGCACGUAUGUUGAAGUGGACAUGUACGGGCUGCCGACAGACACCAUCAGGAAAGAGUUUCGCACACGCAUGGUGAUGAACAAUGGACUGAACCCUGCCUACAAUGAGGAACCUUUUGUUUUCAGAAAGGUGAUAUUACCAGAUCUGGCAGUGCUGCGCAUCGCAGUCUAUGACGACAACAACAAGCUGAUUGGGCAGCGCAUCCUCCCUCUGGAUGGCCUGCAGGCUGGUUACCGUCAUAUCUCCCUGAGGAACGAAGGCAACAAGCCCCUUUCACUGCCCACAGUUUUCUGCCAAAUCAUCCUCAAGACCUACGUGCCCGACGGCUUUGGAGCUAUUGUAGAUGCUCUUUCAGACCCGAAGAAGUUUCUGACUAUAGCAGAGAAGAGAGCUGACCAGAUGAAGGCCCUGGGGAUUGACACGAAUGACAUAGCAGAUGUUCCCAGUGGAAGUUCAAAAAAUGACAAGAAGGGAAAGGGGAAAGGUGACCCAGUGAAAACUAGUGUGACACCACAAGCCAGCUCAGACAUGGCGCAGACCUCCAACUCUGCCCAAAACAACACAACUGAAAACAAGAAAGAUACUGUACUUGUGCCUAACGUGAGCAUAGACGACUUAAAGCAAAUGAAGACCUACCUUAAACUGAUUAAAAAGCAGCAGAAGGAGCUCAACAGUUUAAAGAAGAAACACUCGAAGGAUCAGAAUAUAAUGCAGAAAGCACAUUGCACCCAGGUGGACAAGAUGGUGUCAGUGCAUGAUAAGGAGAAGACGACUCUGGAGAAACUGCUAGAGAAAGCCAUCAAGAAACGAGGUGAGAACAACUGCCAAGAGCUGAAGAAGGAGACAGAAGAUAAGAUCCAAACGCUAGUCACCGACCAUAAAGCAAAGGUAAAGGACAUCACAGCACAGCACACUAAAGAGUGGUCAGAGCUGAUCAGCAGUCACAGCAGCGAGGAGCAGGAGAUGAAGGACAGUCAUGUCACACAGCAGUGUGAGCACCUCAAGAAGCUCCUGGCCACUGUCCAGGAGCAGCAGACCAUGCAGCUCAAACUCAUUCAUGAAAGGCAGAGCAAAGAGAUGCGCGCUAACCAGGCCAAGAUGUCCAUGGAGAAUAGUAAAGCCAUCAGCCAGGACAAGACCAUCAAGAACAAGGCCGAGCGAGAGAGGAGAGUGCGGGAGUUAAACAGCAGCAACACAAAGAAGUUCUUGGACGAGAGGAAAAGGCUGGCCAUGAAGCAUCAGAAGGAGAUGGAGCAGCUGGAGAAAAACCAGAGAGAGCAGUUGGAGAAACUGGAGAAAUUCAAUGAGCAGCUUUUGAAAUCACACCAUGCAAACAAACAGGUUCAAGGCCAAGGACAUACAGCAGAUGGUGAAGCUGGAGGAGGAGAUGGACCGCAGACCUGCCACGGUGGUGUGAGCGACAAGACCGAGACAUGAAUGCGCUCACCUUGUAUACACACACACAAGUGCAGAAACACUCCGCCACAAGAAGCCCUCUACAGUCCAGAAAGGAAAAUCCUGCCUCCAUCGCUGACUUAUAUUCUCUUAAUGUUAACUGUCAAACACACUAGCCCUCUCCACCUCCUUCUCCUCUGCACCCCCCGCCUACUAACUUUGUACCACUGAGCCAUUUCUGCUAAUCACUGCUUGACAAUAACUACUAUCGAAACAGGAGAAAGCAACACAGAAUGAGACGUGUCCCCUCCUCCACUGUACGCUGAUCUGAAUCAACCAUUUUCAAUGAUGUCGCCAUUUUACAGACGGCAAACGCUUCAGCUGUUUGUGGAUACAAGCACACACACCUAUAUUCAUCACAUUUCACAAUAUUCCAUUCUCUGUUUGACUUUUUUAAUUGGUACCCAGUAAAUUCACAGAAACGGCAUGUAAGAGGGGAAAAUAUGUUUAUGACUUAAUGUCAUUUCAGCACAAAUGAAUAAACUUUGUGAAAUACACUCUACACUACACACCAGUCCUGUCCUGAGCACUUUGUAUGUAAUAGGCAGUCAAAAAAAUAAAUGUGGAAAAUGUAGCGGUGCACUACUGUAGGUUCUCUGUUUUUCAGUAAGAAUGUAUUUUAAAAAAGAAUAAAAGUUACUGUACGACAGAGUGGCAACCCCUCCCCCAACAUUUAUGCUCAACAAUGUUAUUAUCUAGUUGAGUCAGACUGCUGUAAAGGGAUCAAGGGGAACUGGUUCACUCAGAUUAUUAUGGCAUAUUUUCCAGUCAGAGUCUUUUUUUUUUUUAUUGGAGAAAAAACAAAGGUGCAACAGGAGUGAUUAUUUUCACCUUGAAAAUGAAAUAUAAUAAACUUUAUCGACAACAAGUCAAGUUUCCAACUGCAAAAGUUGAAUACAACUUUCUGUACACCCAGUUUGGGCCUCAAAAUAAUGUGUACUAUGCAAAAAAAAAAAAAAACAUAAUUAAAAGUAUUUUAAAAACCCAGCUUCCUCAGUCAACAAUAACCAUAACAACAGGUUCUGAUUGCAACCAAACUGUUGUCACUUUAAUAGAAUAUUGCUGAAACCAGAGGCAAUAACAUUAAUUUAUCUGCAAAUCCAAGAUAAAUUUAGAUUUCUUUUAAACUCUCGUUAGAGCUGAGCCUAAUCUGUACUACUCUGAAAACAAAAUUAAUUCACACUUCUUGUGGUGACAAUGUUUUAUCUGGCUGACUGACAGACGUUAAACCUGGUCAAGCCAGCUAAACACUCACAAGGUAUUGUUGAAGUUAAGUGCUCCAUUAUUAGGCUCUUGACUGCACUUUAGCCACCUCAGCGUGUAAUCCUCAUCGUGUUCCUGUCCGGGUUUGGACGUCCCAGUAAUUAUAGCAGAUUUGUAACGAAGUCUGCUGCAUGGCUGCCACACACUAAACCACAGCAGGGAUUUUUUUUUUUAUUAGGUCUUCAUCACUGUUUCCAGCAGGUCUCUGUUAAAUGCUAAAUCCUUACUGGGAUUGGUUGCAGAACCAUUGUUCUUUCAUCACUGUUGGAGAAAAGCCACUUCAGAGAAAGAAAUAUGUGAAGUACUAUAACAAUGCAUGGCUUAACACUGAAAAAGUUGACCAAAAAUUACACCAAGUCAUGCUGAUGUUAUUUAAUCUCAAAAACAUGGGGACUAAAGCACUUGUAGGUAUGUUGGCCUUUUUAAAGAUUUAUUUUUCUUGUUUUAAUCUGCUGUAGUUCAUGUGAAGGGUAGACAGGAUGUUCUUGUAUAUAAUCUACUGGAAUGUAUGUAGUUUAACUUCCUUGUUGACCAGCUGUGUUCUGUCAUUCAAGGGCUCGGGGAUGGAGUGGGUCUGUUGGAUGUUGGACAUUUAUCAAGCACUGGGUUUUCUUGUUUGGUCAUUUGUUUUGUGUUUCCAAGAUUUGCCCUUACUGCACCUCACAACACAUUCUAAAGCUCUCACCACAUAUCUAGUGCAGAGAUAAAUGAUUUAAAGUGCUUUUAAAGUUUAUUCCAUCGCUUUCAGAUGUGCCACUCAGUGUCUGUUAGGACGUUUAAAUUAUUUUAUGAAUUAUAAAAAUGCCAAAAUUAAGGGGUUAUUUGUAUGAAGGUAUAUAUAAAUAAAUGAAUAUAUAUUAUAUAUAUUAGAUAACGUGUAGUUUAAGAUUAUUAUGUUAGAGGCUUUUUUGCACUAGUUGAAUGUUUCUGUUGUGUGAUUACAUGUAACCUUUGGCUCUCAAGUUUGUCUGAAAAAAGAUUAUUUUUGCAGAGCAACAUCACUGAUUUCAUUUCCUCUGUUUCUAUUGUAUCUCUUCUUUGAUUUCUAUUUUAAUUGUAGCUCGUCAACAGACAUUCUGUGUGUGUUUUUGUAUUUAUAUUGUACUGUUGGACUUAUAGCAAUCAAGAUACUGUUGUUAUCCAGCUCCUUUAAUACUGUUUUAUAGUAUGUGUAUCAAUAAAUCCAGGUGUAAAAUGGGA